UCAUUACCACUCCAGGUGCGCAUUCAAAAAUUUGUGUGUGCACAACACGAACAACACUACUUGUUGGAAACAGACAGGCAGAAAUGGACAUUACCCUUAGCCAUCCUCAAAAGAGUGCUUUGAAAGUACCUGUUGGACAAAUUCUCGUGAACAAAAGAUGGAGGGGGAGUUCUGUCUCCAAGGAAUUAGACUUAUCUGAAUGCCGAACAAUGUUUACUGAUGGUCUCGGCUUUAUUGAUUUCUUUCCCGCUGACUCAUUUGCUGUUCUUUACAUUACGGAGGCAGAACUGCUUACUCCGAAGUCAUUCACUGAGAGGACCAAGUUGCUUGCCAAGGAUUACAGUAAUCGUGGAGUUAUACUUGUAGACGUGUGUCGGUCGCCAGGAUACCAAGAACUCCAGGAUCUUGCAGCUAUAGAGCACAACCUCUCUGUAUUUCCCAUUUCAAACCAAAAUGAAAUUCCUCGUAUUUUACAAGCAUUGAUGCAUGCUGAAAUUAGGCAAUCCAGCAAUCCAUUCAAGACUUCUGCUCCAGAGUUAGGAGACAUGGGGCAAGUCCAAAUGUCCCUUCUUAAAAAAAUUCCAGGUAUUGGUGAUAAAUCUGCACAGAAGUUACUUUCAUCAUAUGGUAGCAUCAAGAGUAUUUCAGAAAUAUCCCAAGAAAGACUGGAGACUAAAAUUGGAAAAGCAGAUGCUGCAAAGGUGUACAAUUAUUUCAGGAAAAGAAUUAGUUCAUGAGACAGGUACUUUCUUUGGUAAAAUAAAAGUCAUGUA